CAAAUGACAAGACUUUUUGGAAACGAGGUGAAAACGUGCGCACAUAAUUCUGACGUAUACACAUCCCGGUCGUAACCGACUCUGUACAUCUUAAUGGUGUGAUCUGUCCAUUAACAAGUGAAGCAGCAAGUAACAAUGGGUGGAGGAGACUUGAAUCUGAAGAAGAGUUGGGAUCCCCGUCGCCAUGACAACCAGGAGAAGAAGUGGAAGCUGGAAGAACUAGACAAGAAGGAGCGACAGAGGAUGAAAGAGAUGCUUGAGGAGCGACAGGGGGAGAGAUCCAUGGAGGACAUGAGGAGAAAGGGAGAAGAGGCUGGAGUCAUUCAAAAACGCAAAGACCGUGUAGACUGGAUGUACAAAGGCCCAGACAGUCAUACUAACCCUGAUGAUUAUCUGCUUGGGAAGGAGGUUGAUAAAGCCAUAUUGGAAGCCCAGCAUGGUAAAAAGACAACCGGGACCCAGGGUGGCAUUGCUUCUGCAGGGGCAGUAGUCGGUAGUUCAGCCAGUACUUCCAUCGAUGCUAAGGAUAUGGCCAGGAAAAUGAGAGAGGAUCCUCUCUUUGCAAUCAAAAAACGUGAGCUCAACAAUCGGAAAGAGCUGGUCAGUAAUCCAAUCAGAAUGAAGCAACUGCAACAAAUGCUACAAACCCAAGUCGGCAAAGACAAAAAGAAGAGCAAAAAAUCCAAGAAGCACAAAGACAAGAAGAGUACAAAGCACAAGAAGUCACAUGCUGCUUCCAGCGAUAGUUCCAGUGAGGAGGAUCACUCUCCCAGCCCAGCUAAGAGGAGAAACCUUCACCAACACACAUCGCCAGAGAGAUACAGAGUUAAAGGCCAUCAUAGGGAUGAGGACAGGCGGCGAGAAAGUCCCAUCCGCUCUGGACGAGACGAGAAAAGGAAGAUGCCAUCACUUGACCCAGCCAAGAUGAAGAAACUCCUGGAACGUGAGAUGCUGAAGAAGCAUAAGAAGCAUGUAGAUGUUUCCGAAUCAUCGUCCAGUGAGAGCGACUCAGAUGACAGGAACGCUACAAAGCAAAAGAGGCAGAUCAAAUCGGAGCAUCUGUCGAGAGGUCAACACGCAGAGGAGGACCGCAAACAGAGGUACAGGCCUCAUGAGAACGUAAGCGAUUCACGGAAAGGGCGAAAGGAUAGGAGUGUUUCGCCAGAGGUUUUGAAGAGGAAACAUGGUGUAGGAAGUGAGAAGAGUUCAGCAAAGUAUGGAUUACAGAGAGGAGCUAGGAGUUCAAGAAGAUCACAGAGCCAGUCUCCAGAGAGAGUACCAAGAGACCAGUUCAGACACCAUCAUUCUGAAAGCAAAGACAGACACGCUGGCAAACACCAUGAUAGAUCACCCUACAGGGACUCUGACAAGAGCCGUGACAAACACGCUGAGAAAACCAGGGACUUACGUAGGGACAAUAGGUCACCGUCGCCUGAACCCAAAAGAGACAAACACAGUGACAGAUAUGGUGACAGUAGGGCUGAGAAACAUGGAAGGAGGGAAAGGAGUCGCUCGAGGACACCUGUGAAGGAACGUGGGGAGUUCAGAGAUAGAUCCAGGAGGUCUCGGAGCAGAUCACCCCAAAGACAAAAUGGCAGUCGGGGAAAUGUUGUUUCCAAAAGAAAAUUGACUGCAGAGGAGAUGGAGAGAAAGCGAGCAGAGAUGAUGGACAAUGCCAAGUGGCGUGACGACCAGCGCAGGGAAAGAGUCAAGGUUUACGAGAAAGAAGAGCAUGCCGAGUUGGAAAUGGAGAAAAAGAAGGCCAAAACUGCAGAAUUUGUUCAGCCGCUGAAGUUACCUGAUAAUAGUUCCGUUGAGGAUCGUAUCCACAGGAACAUCUACAGCAUCCAACGGACAAAGGCAGCACUGGACAAGAACUUUGCCAAGCGAUAAA